AUGUCUAGUUUAUUUAAGACAAUUCUCAAUAAAAUCACCAAAAAUGACAUUUCAAUUAUCUUGAGUGACGGCGGAACAGCUAUUAAAGGGGCAUUAAUUGAAAAUGGAUUGAUUCAAAAACAACGGAGGUGCAUUUUUCACCUUUUCGAAGAUGUGAAAUAUUCGAAAUGUAGAAAAAUAAUAUGGUCUUUGAAUUUGGCUAUAAACUCUGUUGAUUAUACAAACAAAUUAAAUGACAUCAAAAAAUCAAUAACAGAAAAUUAUCCAAAUUAUUCGGAAACAAAAAUUGAUAAAUUUAUUAAAAAAUUAAAAGACGCAAAUCCCUUUAAGUUCAAUUCAUUUGACCAAGGAUUGCAAGCUACUUCUGUUUUGGAAGCCUUAAAUGGGGAAUUCCAAAAAAGAAAAAUUUUCGAUAUUAUUGAAGCUUUUGCCUGGUUUACAGAUGCAACAGUCAAAUAUGGAGUUGAGGCAUUGAAAAACUGUGGUCAGCCAAAAGAAAUUAUCGAUUUUGUAAUUAAAAAAUCGUUCUCAUAUAAUGUUCACUACAGCGAAAUCAAAGACUUAUUUAAAGUUAUUGAUAGGCUUGGCUUUGAAGAAAAAAUCCUUAUCUUCAAUGGUAAAGGAUUUUGCAGUUGCAAUGAAACAAAGCGUUUCGGAACCGUUUGUUCUCAUAUUGAAGCACUUAACAAUCAAAAACCUGAAUUAAGAAUUAAUGUAGACCAAUAUUUAAAUAAUUGUUAUACAGCGAAAAUAUCAGAUGAAAAAAUUGAAGAACUGGCAAAAAUGACGGCAAGUUAUAAAAACUUGCCAGCUAUAGAUAGUUUAGAGAUCCCUGAAAGAAUAAGAAGAGAUAAACAAACGAGAAAGAGAAUGCCUUCAAAAUUUGAAUAUAAUAAAUAA